CCGACUCCAAUUUACUCUUCCACUUUUUUCAUCACCUUCACCUGCUUAUCUUCAAGUUUCUUCUGAACCUUGCCUCACUCCUGCGCAACAAUUUUGUCAUUUUUUUUAAAUUUAUUUUUGCUGGAGAAAGUUUUGAUAGAUAAUGUGGAAUUCGGCGGAGAAUUUGUCCGUGCGGUCGUCCUCGUUUAGGGAGGACGACGACGACGAGGAGGCGCUGCGGUGGGCGGCGCUAGAGCGGUUGCCGACUUUUAAUCGAGUGCGGAAGGGGAUUUUUAGGAAUAUGGUAGGGGACAGAGUGGAGAUCGACGUGGAUAAGCUUCAAGUUCAGGAAAGAAAGGUGGUGUUGGACCGGCUGGUUAAUUCUGUAGAUGAUGAUUGGGAGAAGUUCUUCAAACGCAUGCGCCGCCGAUUUGAUAGAGUGGAUUUGGACUUUCCAAAGAUUGAAGUUAGAUUUCAGAACUUGAGGGUUGAAUCAUUUGUUCAUGUUGGCAGUAGAGCGUUGCCGACCAUUCCAAAUUUCAUUUUCAACAUGACCGAGGCUUUGUUAAGGAAUCUCAGGAUACACGGCGGCAAGAGAAGGAAGUUAAAAAUUUUAGAUGACCUCAGUGGGAUAAUUCGACCUUCCAGAUUAACUCUCCUGUUGGGCCCUCCAAGUUCUGGAAAGACAACACUGCUGCUGGCCCUUGCUGGACGAAUAAAAUCCGAUUUACAGAUGUCAGGAAAAAUAACUUACAAUGGACAUGGUUUGAACGAGUUUGUUGCGCAAAGAACAUCUGCUUAUGUCAGUCAACAAGAUUGGCAUGUGGCAGAAAUGACCGUAAGAGAAACUCUUGACUUCUCAGCACGUUGUCAAGGAGUUGGAUCAAAAUAUGAGAUGCUUUUGGAGCUUUCAAGAAGAGAAAAAAUUGCUGGAGUAAAGCCUGAUGAAGAUCUUGAUUUAUUCAUGAAGGCAUUGGCUUUGGAGGGGAAGGAGACAGGCCUCGUGGUGGAGUACGUCUUAAAGAUUCUAGGGUUGGAUCUUUGUGCUGAAACCCUUGUGGGAGAUGAAAUGCUUAAGGGGAUAUCUGGUGGCCAAAAGAAGAGGCUUACAACUGGUGAGCUAUUGGUUGGUCCGUCUAGAGUGCUAUUCAUGGAUGAAAUAUCAAAUGGACUUGAUAGUUCAACUACUUAUCAAAUUAUCAAGUAUCUAAAGCAUUCUACCCAUGCGCUUGAUGGAACUACAGUUAUUUCUCUACUUCAACCAGCUCCUGAGACAUACGAGUUAUUUGAUGAUGUAAUACUCUUGUCUGAGGGCCAUAUUGUAUACCAAGGGCCCCGUGAAGCUGCUCUUGAUUUCUUUUCAUUCAUGGGAUUCAGCUGUCCGGAGCGGAAGAAUGUUGCUGACUUCCUUCAAGAAGUUGUGUCAGAGAAGGACCAAGGGCAGUAUUGGUCUGUUGAUGACCGCCCUUACCGCUACAUCCCAGUUUCAAAGUUUGCAGAAUUUUUUCGUGCAUAUCGUGCUGGGAAGAACUUAUCUGAAGAGCUGGCAAUUCCUUUUGACCAACACUAUAAUCAUCCAGCAGCCUUGUCGACUUCCCAGUAUGGAGUGAAGAGGAGGGAACUCCUUAAAACCAACUUUGACUGGCAAUUGCUACUAAUGAAAAGGAAUUCAUUUAUCUAUGUUUUCAAGUUUAUUCAGCUACUUUUUGUUGCUUUAAUCACCAUGAGUGUAUUUUUCCGCACAAGACUGCACCAUGAUACAAUUGAUGAUGGAGGUCUCUAUCUUGGCGAACUGUAUUUUGCAAUGGUGAUUAUUCUUUUUAAUGGCUUUACUGAGGUUUCAAUGCUGGUUGCCAAACUUCCUGUGCUUUAUAAGCAUAGGGACUUGCACUUCUAUCCCUGCUGGGCUUAUACACUUCCUUCUUGGGUCUUGAGUAUUCCAACUUCACUCAUAGAGUCUGGAUGUUGGGUGGGAGUUACAUACUAUGUGGUUGGAUUCGAUCCCAAUAUUAUCAGGUUCCUUCGGCAAUUCCUGUUAUUUUUCUUUCUGCAUCAAAUGUCCCUAUCUCUUUUCCGCCUGAUAGGUUCCUUAGGCCGAAAUAUGAUUGUUGCAAACACUUUUGGAGCUUUUGCCAUGCUGAUUGUCAUGGCUCUUGGGGGAUAUGUCGUUUCAAGAGACAGUAUACCAAGAUGGUGGAUUUGGGGGUUUUGGAUUUCUCCUCUCAUGUAUGCCCAAAAUGGUGCUUCUGUAAAUGAAUUUCUUGGGCAUUCCUGGGAUAAGAGUGCUGGUACCAAUUCAUCAUUGCCUUUGGGUGAAGCAUUGCUGAAGGCACGCAGUUUGUUCCCAGAGAGUUACUGGUACUGGAUUGGUUUAGGGGGUCUACUCGGAUUUACAAUCCUGUUCAAUUUCCUGUUCACUGUUUUCCUGACGUACCUUGAUCCCUUAGGGAAGCGACAAGCUGUUGUUUCUGAAGAAGAGAUUCAAGAGAAAGAGAUUACAGCAAAAGGAGAACCUGUCAUUAUCCAAUUACGAGAUUAUUUGCAGUUUUCCGGCUCACUUGCUAGAAAAAGUUUCAAACAGAAAGGGAUGGUUCUUCCAUUUUACCCACUUUCCAUGUCUUUCAGUAACAUCAAUUACUAUGUUGAUGUGCCCCUGGAACUGAAGCAGCAAGGAAUAUUGGAAGACAGACUGCAGUUACUGGUUGACAUUACAGGAGCCUUUAGACCUGGUGUGCUGACCGCAUUAGUUGGAGUAAGUGGUGCAGGAAAAACCACCCUUAUGGAUGUACUAGCUGGCAGAAAAACUGGUGGCAUCAUAGAAGGAAACAUCCAUAUAUCUGGUUAUCCAAAGAAGCAAGAAACUUUUGCUAGAAUAUCUGGUUACUGUGAGCAGAAUGAUAUUCACUCCCCUUGCUUAACUGUUCUCGAAUCACUUCUUUUCUCUGCUUGGCUACGCUUGGCAUCAGAUGUUGAUUUGGGAACACAAAAGGCAUUUGUUGAGGAGGUGAUGGAACUUGUGGAGCUCACUCCUCUGAAAGGAGCUUUGGUUGGUCUACCCGGAGUUGACGGGUUGUCUACAGAGCAAAGAAAACGGCUCACAAUUGCAGUUGAACUAGUUGCAAAUCCUUCCAUAGUAUUUAUGGAUGAACCCACAUCAGGAUUGGAUGCAAGGGCUGCUGCUAUUGUGAUGAGGACUGUGAGGAAUAUAGUGAAUACAGGCAGAACAAUUGUCUGCACCAUACAUCAGCCAAGCAUUGACAUAUUCGAGUCCUUUGAUGAGCUUUUGUUUAUGAAACGGGGAGGAGAACUCAUAUAUGCUGGACCAUUGGGGCCAAAGUCAUGCAAAUUGAUAGAGUAUUUUGAGGCAAUUGAAGGUGUGAGAAAGAUCAGACCUGGUUAUAACCCUGCUACAUGGAUGCUAGAGGUUACUUCGUCAGCAGAAGAAAAUCGCAUUGGUGUUGAUUUUGCAGAAGUUUACCGGAGAUCUAAUCUUUUUCAACGGAAUAAAGAGCUGGUUGAAAGGCUUUCUAAACCAAAUAGUGACUCGAAAGAUCUGAAGUUUCCUACUAUAUAUUCCAAGUCCUUUCUAGAUCAGUUCCUGGCUUGUCUUUGGAAGCAAAACCUCUCAUAUUGGCGAAACCCACAAUACACUGCAGUUCGCCUCUUCUACACCUUCAUUAUAUCUUUGAUGCUGGGGACAAUAUGUUGGAAAUUUGGCUCCAAAAGGGAUACACAACAAGAUCUAUUCAAUGCUAUGGGAUCCCUAUAUAUUGCGGUGCUGUUUAUUGGAGUCACCAAUGGAGCUGCCGUUCAACCAGUAGUUUCUGUUGAAAGAUUUGUUUCAUACAGAGAGAGAGCAGCGGGGAUGUAUUCAGCUCUACCGUUUGCAUUCGCUCAGGUUGCUAUUGAGUUCCCCUAUGUGUUCGGGCAAGCACUAAUAUACUGUGCAAUAUUUUAUUCCAUGGCCUCCUUUGAGCGGACGGUUUCAAAAUUUAUUUGGUACAUGUUCUUUAUGUACUUCACCAUGUUGUACUUCACCUUUUAUGGGAUGAUGACUACUGCAGUCACACCAAACCAUAAUGUAGCUGCCAUUAUAGCUGCUCCAUUCUAUAUGCUUUGGAACCUUUUCAGUGGAUUCAUGAUUCCUCACAAGAGGAUUCCAAUAUGGUGGAGAUGGUACUACUGGGCAAAUCCUAUAGCAUGGAGUCUCUAUGGCCUUGUUGCCUCACAAUAUUCUGACAGCGAUAGACCUGUAAAGCUAUCGGAUGGGAUCAAUUCACUUCCUACAAGGCUUAUGGUUAAACACGUUUUUGGAUUUAGGCAUGAUUUCAUUGGGAUUGCUGGAUUUAUGGUGGUUGGUUUCUGCAUCUUAUUUGCAGUGAUUUUUGCUCAUGCAAUAAAAGCUUUUAACUUCAUGAAGAGAUGAUUUUGGUAGAUUUCAGCACUCUUUAAGACUGUUUCCUCCAAGGGAUGCUCCAUUGAUACGUAGGUAUAGAAAAGCUGGAAAUUUUAAGACCUGUAUAGGGCUAGACUUGUAUUAUAGACUGAUGAAGAUUUUACUUCAUUCUUUUGCACACAACAAACAAUGACCAACUGAAAUUUACCCAAUUCGGCUGCUAAAGCAAUUACCUUUUUUGUCUUUUUUUGAAUCAAAAGGAUUACGAGGCUUGCCAUUCUCA